AUGAAAGGAAGAGAAAUCAAAGGAGCUCCAUCCACAGCAGAUCUGCUUGUCUGUUUCCCAUCCCGAGCCCAUCUCACCUUAAUGCCCAAACCCAUUUGCAGCCCAGCCAGAGGAUCCGAACCCAACAAGCAGCGCGGCCACCACCAUCGUACUCCCUCCGCCGGCGCCGGAGUAGCAAAUUACCAGCACCGGCUGAAGAAGAAAGGCAGCAUCGGACGCGGGAGCCCGAUGCUGUGGGGGAAGACGAAGCAGCAAAUGGGUUCGGGCGAUAAUUUGGUGUCGGAACCCACUUCUCCUAAGGUGACUUGUGCAGGGCAGAUCAAAGUCAGGCACCACCAUCACAAGGCCUCCGCCAAUUGCAAGAACUGGCAGUCUGUCAUGGAGGAGAUUGAGAGACUCCACAAUCACAGAAAGACGACGACGACGAGUAGUUGGGCGGAGUCUCUUGGGUUCAAGAAGGAAGUCAUGCAUUUCCUCACUUGUCUUCGGAGCAUCCGAUUCGAUCUCCGCUGCUUCGGAUCGUUCCCUCAGUCCGACAUCAAUUCGGACGACGACGAUGAAGACGAAGAGGAUGACGAGAAUGAAGAUGGAAAUGAAGAGGGAGCGGGGACGGCCAGUAGCGAGAAUUCGAGAGCUGUGUUUUCGAAAUGGUUCAUGGUGCUGCAAGAGAAUAAGGGGAAUGAUUGUGAAGAUGGAGGGGAGAAGGAGAAGGAAGAGGAGGCCGCUGUUCCGCCCGCGAAUGCGCUGCUGCUGAUGCGGUGCAGGUCUGCUCCGGCGAAGAGCUGGAUGGAGCAGAAACAGGAGGAAGAAGAAGCAGAAGAUCAAAAGCAAAAGGAAGAGGAAGGAGGGAAGCAAGAGAAAGCAGAGGAGGGGGCAGAGGAGAAGAGAGGGAAGAAUUUGAAGACGUUGAUGGAGGAAGAGAGGAAAACAGAGAUGGAGAAGCUAAUCGUGAUGAGAUACGACACUGAUUUCUACAAAAUCUCGUGUGAUGUAGCGAAAGAAACAUGGGUUGUUGGCGGUGGGAUGAUGAACAUGACGGAUCCUUUCUCCAGAAGUCGAAGCUGGAAGAGAUGA